UACACUUCACAGAGGUUGAACGCAGCCUUGCAAACAGAAGAGAGUGAGACUGGAUCCGAUGCUGCAGCAUUUCAGACACCAGAUAAAGAUCGGCUUAAACCGCCAGCAAAUCCCAGCACUUCUUUAGAUUGGUUACAAAAUGAACAAAGAGGAAAAGCAGACAAUGCAAGAAGUUUACCAUUGGAGGACUGGUUUGAUCAUCAGGAAGAUGGACAUUUCAAGAGCAGAAGAUCGGUUUCCAGCAGCUCCUCUGAGUUUUCACAGAGUUACAACACAAAUAAAGAGCCCUCCUUCACAGGCUCAACGCACGGGCUGAAAGAUCAAAGAGAAAACCACAGGGACUCAACCUACAGCAUUACAGGUAAAAGCGCAUCUGCAUUGUACCAGCACAGGAGUCUGGAUUUGAGUAACCCUCCAAGAUUUCUAAGGUCUAUCUCUCUGCAGCCCUUCAGAAGUCCACCCCACAGAAAUAUCAUGGAGGAGAUGUAUAUAAAAAUGUAUUUCAUGAAUGCCUCCCAGGAUGUCCUGUCAACUGGAGAUGCUAAUAAAAUGCAGUGGUCUCCCCCGAGAAGAGCUCCACCUACCCCUGCACCCAGAUCAGCAUACGCCACAGCUGAGGAUAGCGACCUGUCUCCAAACAAGUAUGGGGGGAGCCUUAACAAUGAAGAAGUGGUCGGAUCCCCAUUGCACGUUGCACUGUUUCCUUCCUCGACAUAUGAGACGUUCCUGGAGGAGAAUGAGCAAAAUGGGGUAGAUCCUGUAGAAGAUAGAGAGCCUUCCAUUGAUACGAUAGACAACUCUGAAGAAGCAGUGACCCUGAGCAAGGAUGACACCUAUAAACUGCGGGGGUAUGUGAAGAAGGUGAUCACAAGCACCUGCAUGCAAAUGGACGAUGACGUCCAGGAAAGAGGAGAAGCCAUUUUAGUCGAGGAAACUGUCGUGGAUAGCGCUUCCUAUCAGAGCCGUGCUUUCGACACACAUGGAAUGGGAUCUCCUGUCAUGAAAGCUUUGGCCAGAGCCACCACUGCAAAAGUGACGGAUUCUGCAUCUGAACGCAUGUAUAAUUCUCCAGUAAUCCCGAAUGAAGAUCUGGAGCAAAACGACACCGAAGAAGAAAACUCAACCCCAUCAACAGCUUCAGCAUCAGAGGUGUCCGUCAGGGUUGACUGGAGUGUGAACAGUGUGGAUUCGAGCAGUCUCGAUGACCAGCCCCGGGUACAGUUUGCACUUGACUUCUCCCAGAGGAGCCAGAAGUUCCAGAUCUAUAUCUCCCAGUGCAAGAACCUCGACAGGAUGGAGGUGCACAGAGGCAGCGUUGACGCGUACAUAAAAACAUAUUUGCUCCCAGACAAAUACAAAAUGUCAAAGAGGAAGACUACAGUGAAAAAACGGUCGACGAAUCCUGUUUACAAUGAGAUCCUGAGGUAUAAAAUAGAGUACAGUCCUCUGCUUACCUGCACACUGGAGCUCUCUGUCUGGCACUCCAGUAUCCUGGGUAGAAAUGCCUGCCUCGGGGAUGUCCAGGUGGAUAUGAGCAGCUGGGACUGGCAGGAUAAAAGACUAAACUGGUACCCACUCAAUCCAAGGAGUCUUUCAAACCCUGGUACAAGAAGUCUGCAGCCUUCAACAAUGCAGCUCAACACAGAAUGAAUGAAGAAUUGAAGAAUAUAGGAAUUGAGACACAAGGAGAGCGGUAUAUGAAGCAAGCUCUUGCAGUCUGUGGUGAACCUGCUGUAAUGUACUGUAUAUCCUGUAUAGAGAAUCUACAACCUAUUUAUCAAAUGAGAAUGCCUGAUCUUGUAUGUUUUAAAAAAUCCCCAUGGGACAUCUAAGGAAGAUUUGAGCAUCUUUUUAUUUAUUUGUUUUCUUGUGGGGUACAUGGUCAUUAUGAUUACUGCCUCUGAUUCCUUCAGGGAAGCUGGGGGUGCACAUCUGUAGUGCAAUCCAUUGCAGUGUAUCCAGCUCAUGCUCCUGUAACAGAUCUACAGUGCAAUCCAUCACAGUGUAUCCAGCUCAUGCUCCUCCUGUAACAGAUGUGCAGUGCAAUCCAUCGCAGUGUAUCCAGCUCAUGCUCCUCCUGUAACAGAUCUGCAGUGCAAUCCAUCGCAGUGUAUCUAGCUCAUGCUCCUCCUGUAACAGAUGUGCAGUGCAAUCCAUCGCAGUGUAUCCAGCUCAUGCUCCUCCUGUAACAGAUCUGCAGUGCAAUCCAUCGCAGUGUAUCUAGCUCAUGCUCCUCCUGUAACAGAUCUGCAGUGCAGUCCAUCACAGUGUAUCCAGCUCAUGCUCCUCCUGUAACGGAUCUGCAGUGCAGUCCAUCGCAGUGUAUCCAGCUCAUGCUCCUCCUGUAACAGAUCUGCAGUGCAGUCCAUCACAGUGUAUCCAGCUCAUGCUCCUCCUGUAACAGAUCUGCAGUGCAGUCCAUCGCAGUGUAUCCAGCUCAUGCUCCUCCUGUAACAGAUCUGCAGUGCAGUCCAUCACAGUGUAUCCAGCUCAUGCUCCUCCUGUAACAGAUCUGCAGUGCAGUCCAUCGCAGUGUAUCCAGCUCAUGCUCCUCCUGUAACAGAUCUGCAGUGCAGUCCAUCACAGUGUAUCCAGCUCAUGCUCCUCCUGUAACAGAUCUGCAGUGCAGUGUAUCCAGCUCAUGCUCCUCCUGUAACAGAUCUGCAGUGCAGUCCAUCACAGUGUAUCCAGCUCAUGCUCCUCCUGUAACAGAUCUGCAGUGCAAUCCAUCGCAGUGUAUCUAGCUCAUGCUCCUCCUGUAACAGAUCUGCAGUGCAGUCCAUCACAGUGUAUCCAGCUCAUGCUCCUCCUGUAACAGAUCUGCAGUGCAAUCCAUCGCAGUGUAUCCAGUUUAAUAUGGGCCAACAUCGCUGUUUAAUAUGGGCCAACUUUAUAUGACUGUUACUUUCUAAGAUGUAUUUAAUAAUAACAAAAGGUAUUAUGAACAGGUACUGCAAGGAGUCAUGAUUUAUUUCUCUAGAAAACAUAUGGCAUGUUUGUAUCAAAUCUCUGCAUAUUCCAUUAAACAGUGCCCA